AUGAUAGUUGUGAAUGAUGAGGAUCUCAAGAAGACUAUAGAGGAGGUAGCUAAUGCCAAAAGGAAUGAACUCAAAAACCUUGAUGCGGUAUAUAAAAGUGUGAUAGAAUAUGGCAAGUGGGUUAUUCCAAAAGAAGGAAUUAAAUCCGUCAAGUUCGACAGUACUUUACUUAACAAAGUGUACAUAGGAAAUAUUACUGCCUCAAAAGGAUCCAUCAAAGAUCUUCUCUCUGUCUUUGGGCCUGUGUCUGUGACAUACAUAAGCGGUAAGGAAUGUGCAUUUGCAGAUUUUGACAACCCACAUGCAGCUUAUUUAUGCAUGGAAGAAAUCAAUGGGAUGGCCCAUGAUGGAAAGAUCUUAAAAGCCGGGAGAACCUCCACAUUUCCAUCUGAAAUUCCAAAGGAUCUUGGCCCUCCGGACGAAACCAUUGUUUAUGUAUCAAACAUAGAUUUGGACAUUGAGGAAGAGCAGCUUAAAGAUGUCUUCGGGAAGAUGGGAGAGAUCAAAGAUGUCAGGCUUGUAUAUGAGGAAUCCUUUGUGCACAAGGGAUAUGGAUAUGUACAAUUUUCGAGGCCUGGUGAUGCAAGGAGGGCCCUAGGAUAUAGCAAUAAGAUCAGCCUCUAUGGAAAAAGAAUAAGAAUAGGGCCUAGUGUUAUCAAGAUGGAUUUGCCGAAAAGAAGUCACUUUGCCGUUCCUGAGCAGGUAUUUGAGAUAAAGAAAAGAAUUGAAAAUGUUAUAUUUGGCAAGGGGAAAAUGGUCGUGCUGAGAAACCUAAUAGACAUAGAUGAUGCAGAUGACGAUUUCGACCAGGAGAUAGAGAAUGAGAUGAGGAAGUAUGGGAAUGUUGAGAGAUUUGGAAUAUCCAAGGAAGGGGAGGUGGUUGUAUAUUGCUUAUAUUCGACAGAAGAUGAGGCUAAACAUUCAUUCAACAUUCUUAACGGACGAUUUUUUGGAGGAAGAAGGAUUCGUGCAGAAAUGUCAUGCGGAGAUUUUUCCAUGUGA